CCCGGAUCAGCAUCCUGCACGUCGUUGAUCCAGCUGAGCACUCCAGAGUCAGUGGUGAUCUUCUUUUGUUUUAUUAGGAUGUUGUGGGGUCUGUCCCAACAUCCAUCUCAGUAUUUUAGAGGCUUCAUAGACAGACAAGUUGGUAGAGGGCGUCUUCCUAGACGCUAUGUUGAUGAGCAAGAGUUACCUGAUGCACCGGGAGUGCAAGAUCAAGGGGAAGUUUCUAAUGCCGAGUUCAGAGAGGCAAUUAGAAUUCUGAGUCAAGCUGUAACUAAUCAGAUUGGUCAGCAGAGAGGAGCACGACAUGAAGGAGCUGACACUUCAAGGAUUCGUGAGUUCUUGGGGAUGAAUCCUCCGAGUUUCAUGGGUUCGAGCACUACUGAGGAUCCAGAGGAUUUCAUUGAGGAGCUGAAGAGGAUUUUUGAUGUAAUGCAUGUGGCAGAUAUUGAGCGGUGGAAAGGGGGCAUAGCUGAGAAUGCACCACCUGCAAGUUGGGCCGGUUUUGAGGAAACUUUCUUGGGUUUGAAGUUCACACAAUUAUCCCGCUAUGCUCCGGAGAUGGUUGCGGACAUGAGGAAUAGAAUGAGCUUGUUUGUUGCUGGGUUAUCUCGGUUGUCGAGCAAGAAAGGUAGGGCGGCAAUGCUUAUCGGGGACAUGGACAUAUCAAGGUUGAUGGUUUAUGUGCAGCAAGUUGAGGAAGAGAAGCUGAGGGACAGAGAAGAGUUCAGAAAUAAGAGAGCUAAGAUCGGGAAUGAGUCCGGGCAGCAGAGAGGUAAUUCAAAUCGUUCCUCCUUUCAGCAAAGGCAAAAGGGACCUGCUCCAUCAUUUGCUAGAGCACCUGCACCCAGAUACAGAGGUGAAUUUAAUGUUCAGAAUUCGAAGGACUUCAGGGCUAGACCAGCACAAUCUUCGGGUAGUGUGGCGCAAGGGAGUAGUAAGCCUCCUGUCUGCGCCAAAUGUGGUAGGAACCACUCAGGUAUUUGUCGAGAGGGCUCCAAUGGUUGUUUCAGGCGUGGUCAGAAUGGACAUUUCAUGCGAGAGUGUCCAAAGAAUAGGCAGGGCAAUGGAGGCAGUAAAGCACAGUCUUCUUCAGUUGUUCCACCAGACAGGACGGCACCUAGAGAAGCUACUUCUAGUGUAGGUGGAGGAGCAAACCGCCUUUAUGCUAUCACCAGUCGCCAUGAGCAAGAGAAUUCUCCGAAUGUUGUCACUGGUAUGAUCAAAGUCUUUGCUUUUGAUGUGUAUGCUUUGCUAGACCCAGGAGCGAGUUUAUCUUUUGUAACUCCUUAUGUUGCAAAUCAGUUUGAGGUUCUUCCUGAAAGACUUUGUGAACCCUUUUGUGUUUCUACGCCUAUUGGGGAGUCUAUUCUAGCUGAAAGAGUUUAUCGUGAUUGUCCUGUUUCUAUCAAUCACAAGAGUACCAAGGCUGACUUGGUUGAGUUAGACAUGGUAGAUUUUGAUGUCAUUCUAGGUAUGGAUUGGCUUCGCUGUAAUGCAUCAUUAGACUGUAGAACUCGAGCAGUCAAGUUUCAGUUUCCGAAUGAGCCAGUCAUAGAGUGGAGUAGCAGUUCAUCAGUGCCUAAGGGUCGUUUCAUUUCGUACCUUAAGGCAAGAAAGCUAGUUUCGAAGGGUUGUAUCUGUCACUUAGUCCGAGUUCAUGACUCUAGUGUUGAGAUACCUCAUUUCCAGUCAGUUCCUAUAGUAAGAGAAUUUCCAGAAGUUUUUCCUGAUGAUCUACCCGGAAUUCCUCCUGAGAGAGAAAUAGAUUUCGGCAUAGAUCUUAUUCCAGAUACUCGUCCUAUCUCGAUUCCGCCUUAUAGAAUGGCACCAGCAGAGUUGAAGGAGUUGAAAGAGCAGUUGAAAGAUCUCCUAGAUAAGGACUACCGCCAGUUGAAUAAGGUUACCAUCAAGAACAAGUACCCUCUUCCGAGGAUUGAUGACCUUUUUGAUCAGCUUCAGGGUGCCACUUGUUUUUCAAAGAUUGACCUCCGAUCAGGCUAUCAUCAGUUAAGGGUAAGGGAAUGUGAUAUACCAAGAACAGCUUUCAGAACCAGGUAUGGUCAUUAUGAGUUUUUGGUCAUGUCCUUUGGUUUGACUAAUGCACCGGCAACUUUCAUGGAUUUGAUUAAUAGAGUCUUCAAACCUUAUUUAGAUAUGUUUGUUAUUGUCUUUAUUGAUGACAUACUAAUCUACUCAAAGAGUGAAGAAGAUCAUGCUAGUCAUCUCAGAACAGUUCUUCAGACUUUGAAGGACAAGGAGUUGUAUGCCAAGUUCUCUAAGUGUGAGUUUUGGCUUAAGUCUGUGGCGUUCCUAGGCCACAUUGUGUCCGGUGAUGGAAUUAAAGUUGAUACUCGGAAAAUUGAGGCAGUGCAGAAUUGGCCUAGACCCACAUCUCCAACUGAAAUUAGGAGUUUCUUGGGUUUGGCUGGCUAUUAUAGAAGGUUUGUUGAAGGGUUCUCGACUAUCGCAUCUCCUUUGACCAAGUUGACUCAGAACACAGUGAAAUUUCAAUGGUCUGAAGCUUGUGAGAAAAGUUUUCAGGAAUUGAAAAAGAGAUUGAUUACGGCUCCAGUUUUGACACUACCAGAAGGUACUCAAGGUUUUGUGGUGUAUUGUGAUGCAUCUAGAGUUGGUUUGGGUUGUGUUCAUGAGAGGAACUACCCAACCCAUGACUUAGAGCUAGCUGCUGUAGUAUUUGCUUUGAAGUUAUGGCGUCAUUACUUGUAUGGUGUGCAUGUCGACAUAUUCACUGAUCACAAGAGCCUUCAAUAUGUGCUUACUCAGAAAGAACUUAAUCUCAGACAGAGGAGGUGGUUAGAGUUACUCAAGGAUUAUGACCUGAGUAUUCUUUACCACCCAAGUAAGGCUAAUGUUGUUGCUGAUUCUUUGAGCAGGUUGUCUAUGGGUAGCACCGCCCAUAUUGAAGGGGGGAGAGAGUUAGCAAAAGAUAUGCACAGACUGGCAUGCCUGGGAGUCAGAUUUACAGAUUCCGGAGAAGGAGGAAUAGCGGUGACGAGCAGGGCCGAGUCAUCAUUAAUGUCAGAAGCAAAUGUUCAGAAGCAAAGAGUAUUAGCUUUUGAACAAGGGGGAGAUGGUGUAUUGAGAUAUCAAGGUAAAUUGUGUGUACCUAUGGUAGAUGGACUCCAAGAGAAGAUUAUGGAGGAAGCUCAUAGCUCCAGAUAUUCCGUUCAUCCAGGUUCCACCAAGAUGUAUCGUGAUUUGCGUGAAAUUUAUUGGUGGAAUGGCAUGAAGAAGAGCAUUGCUGAGUUUGUUGCUAAGUGUCCAAAUUGCCAACAAGUUAAAGUUGAACACCAAAGGCCCGGUGGUUUAGCUCAGAGGAUAGAACUUCCAGAGUGGAAGUGGGAGAUGAUCAAUAUGGAUUUCAUCAUAGGGUUACCAAGGUCUCGCAGACAACAUGAUUCUAUUUGGGUGAUUGUCGACAGACUGACAAAGUCAGCUCAUUUUCUACCGGUAAAGACUACCAAUACAGCAGAUUAUGCCAAGUUGUAUGUUCAAGAGAUAGUGAGACUUCAUGGAGUCCCAAUCUCCAUUAUUUCAGAUAGAGGUGCACAGUUUACUGCACAGUUCUGGAAAUCUUUUCAGAAAGGCUUGGGUUCGAAAGUGAACUUAAGUACUGCCUUUCAUCCUCAGACUGAUGGGCAAGCAGAACGCACUAUUCAGAUUUUAGAGGAUAUGUUGAGAGCUUGUGUAAUCGAUUUCAAAGGGAGUUGGGAUGAUCACCUACCUCUCAUUGAGUUUGCCUACAACAACAGUUAUCACUCUAGCAUCCAGAUGGCUCCAUAUGAAGCUCUUUAUGGGAGAAGAUGUAGAUCUCCUAUUGGAUGGUUUGAAGUUGGUGAAACACAGUUGAUAGGACCAGAUUUAGUUCACCAAGCUAUGGAGAAAGUGAAAGUGAUUCAAGAGAGGUUGAAAAUGGCACAGAGUCGUCAGAAAUCCUACACCGAUGUUAGGAGAAGGGCGUUAGAAUUCGAAAUAGACGAUUGGGUAUAUGUGAAGGUUUCACCCAUGAAAGGUGUUAUGAGGUUUGGUAAGAAAGGGAAACUUAGUCCCCGGUAUAUUGGACCUUACCGCAUAGCCAAGAGGAUUGGCAAUGUUGCUUAUGAGUUGGAGUUACCACAGGAUCUAGCAGCGGUUCAUCCGGUUCCAGUUCAAAUCUUGGAUCGUCAAGUUCGUAGGUUGAGAACGAAAGAUAUAGCCUCAGUUAAGGUCCUAUGGAGGAACCAAGUUGUUGAGGAAGUAACAUGGGAAGCCGAAGAAGACAUGAAGAAGAGAUAUCCAUAUCUCUUUGAAUCCGAAGAAAAUAAGAGGAGAAAGAGGAGAUCGACGAGAUCAUUGUGGAUUUUCGUCGGGGGUGAUUUACGGGAUUCUGUUUCGAAGCAUUCUCACAUGGCGAUUGAGGAGGAACUAGGAGGAUCGGAGGUCAGGCUUCAAGGAGAAGAUGUACCAGGAGCACUGUCCAUAGGAAUCCAAUUAACAGGAAUGGAGAACUAUACUCUAUGGAGUCAAGCUAUAGAGAUCGCUUUACUAGGAAGGAAUACGAUAGGAUUCAUUGACGGAUUUGUUCUGCGAAUGGAUUUUGAAAGAAAUUCGAGGAAGAUUUGGGAUCGAUGUAACACAAUUGUCAUCUCUUGGCUCACAUGCAAUGUCAGCAAGAAAUUAUUUUCUGGAAUCUUGUAUUCAACUAGUGCUCAUCAGGUAUGGCUCGAUCUUAAGAAAAGUUUUGAUAAGAUAAAUGGAUCUCGACUUUACCAAUUGCACAUGAACAUAUUCACUCUUACCCAGGGAGUUUCGACUGUCUCUGCUUAUUUUGCAAAAUUGAAGAAUUUGUGGGAUGAAUAUGGUUCAAUUCUUCCCACACCUAGCUGUGAUUGUUCUAAGGCUAAGGAGUUUGUGGAACAGAUGUACUAUCAAAGGUUAUUGCAGUUUCUCAUGGGCUUAAAUGAUAGUUAUUCACAGGCUAGGGGGAAAAUUCUUAUGAUGCAUAAUUUGCCAAAUGUAAACCAAGCAUAUGCCUUAGUGAUUUAG